ACAUAGGGCCAGGGGGUGUGUCUCUUAAUUAGGGGAAGUUUAUUUCCCCUUUGUGGUCAGAAUUAGCUCGAUACAGUGACAUGGGGUAAAAAUGAGCUUCUAAAAAUAGACUAAUUAAGUUUGUGGUGCAAUUUGGCUAGCUAUAAAAGCAGGUGAGGCUUUAGCUAGCUAAGCUCAAUUCAAUUGAUAUAACAGAGUCUGUUGGUGGAUACUGUAGCAGCUCCCUCUCAAAAUGGCAACCAACACAAGUGCCCUGAUAAAGCAAUACAGAGAUCUGGUUCGAAACAUUGAAAGCUUUACCGAUGGCCAAGGAACUGUCAAGCAUGACGAUGAUUCUGACAGCCUCGACAAUGUUAAUGUCACUUUCAACAUCAAGGGUGGCCUAUUUCGUGGUGCAGUAGUCGACUUUAGGAUCUAUGUAGCCAAUGGAUUUCCAAAUGUCCCUCCUGCUGUGACGUGUCUAACAGAACUGUACCACCCCAAUCUCGAUUUCUGCGAGGAUUAUUAUGAUGAUGAAAAUGAUGGAAACGUUUGUUUGAAUCUGUUUGACGAGUGUUGGGACGGCGAUCGCACACUCGAGGAUGUUGUACAAGGCCUUCUGUUUCUGAUACACAAUCCUAACCUUUCUGACCCCCUCAACACGUUGUUUUGUGGCAACCAACUAGAGGACGAUUUUGAAAAGAAUGUGCGAAUCUCACUGAGAGGCGGGACCGUGGAUGGUGUGACCUUUACCAGAGCCCUGCCAGAUGGUUACGAAUCAGACUUUGACAACGAAGAAGACGACAGCAAUAAGCCUCUAGUAGUUCCCGAUGUUGCCCACACUGAGAUUACACAAGAAGGGGAUCCUGAGAUUAUCAAACAAGACAAUAUGGAGCCUGAAAUUAGCAAGGUUGAUCAGCUAAAAGAAGAAAUUAUCGUACCUGCUGCAGAGUCAACAACAAAUACGGCUGCCACAAGUCACAGAACGCCCCUUCUGAGAAACGUUUUCAGUAAUAUCGGGAAAUUAUUUACCGGCUACUUUUUGACUAGGCAGAACAGAAGAACUAUUAUUGAAAGUAGUGUAGACCCUAUUAAUUACGAUGUGCAUGUCACAUGACAUUAGUCUUAUAUAAUUAUGUAUAGUUCGUGUUUGUUUGUGAUUCAUUCAUUUUAAUCUUGUACUGUGUAUGUUCGACAUGACUGUCUGCAAUGAAACAUUAAUUUUUAUUAUUUUGA